AUGCCUAUCGAAAUCCCCGCAGCCAGUUCCCUCAUGGACCUCUUCAGUCUCAAAGACAAGGUCGUGGUCGUGACAGGUGCCUCCGGCCCUCGAGGAAUCGGCCUGGAAGCAGCCCGCGGCUGUGCCGAGAUGGGCGCCGACAUCGCAAUCACCUACUUCUCACGCCGCGAAGGCGCAGAAGCUAACGCCAAAGCCCUACAAGAAGAAUACGGCGUCAAAGCCAAAGCCUACAAAUGCGACACUGCCAAGUGGAACGAAGUGCAAGACCUUGUCACGAACGUCAUCUCCGACUUUGGCAAGAUCGACUCAUUCAUCGCGAAUGCCGGUCGCACCGCUGAUGCUGGUGUUCUCGAUGGCUCGGUUGAAGAUUGGGAGGGUAUCAUUCAGGCAGAUCUCAACUCUGUCUUUUACUGCGCUAAGGCUGUUGGUCAGCAUUUCAAGGCGCGUGGAAAGGGCAGCUUUGUGAUUACUGCUUCGAUGUCCGGCCACAUUGUCAAUUAUCCUCAGGAGCAGACUUCUUAUAAUGUUGCCAAGGCUGGUUGCAUUCAUAUGGCUCGUUCCUUGGCUAAUGAGUGGAGGGACUUUGCUCGUGUCAAUACUAUUUCUCCUGGUUAUAUUGAGACGGGUCUUGGCGACUUUUGCCCUGCUGAAAUGCAAGACACUUGGAGGAGCUUGAUUCCCAUGGGACGGCAAAGUCAUCCCAAGGAGUUGAAGGGUGCCUAUGUGUAUUUCGCUAGUGAUGCUAGUACUUACACUACUGGUGCGGAUCUUCGGAUUGAUGGUGGUUAUACUUGCCGGUAA